CACCAGUGUCAAACUUCAAUUGUCUCAGAGAAUAUUGGGCUAACAGACUGUCAGGAUGCAGAGAGCAGUGGUUCUGGUUCCACUGCUGGUCCUGGGAUGGACCUGGACCGCAACGGGACUCGCGCUCCCUUCAGAACCUCUGUUCACCACACAGGAGAACUUUAACCUGACCCUGUUUUUGGGAACAUGGUAUGAUGUUGCCGUGGCGACUGCAUGCCCUCACAUGCAGAAGAUUAGGGGGAAAUCGACCAUCGGUAAGGUGGUGCUGGAGCAAGGAGACGCGAAUGACAUGCUCAACAUGACCAAAACUGUCCUCAGGCAUGGGACAUGUAGGGAGAUGAGAGCAGAAUACCAAAUAACAGACCCACCUGGACGGUUCUUCUUCUACUGUGGAACGUGCAGUGCGGACAUUGACUCCUACGUGGUUCACACAAACUACCAUGAGUAUGCUAUAAUGAUCAUGAAGAGACGCAACACAGCGGGGGAAAAGAGCGACGCAAUCAAGCUUUACAGUCGAACGAUGGACGUGAGGGACACUGUGAUGGACGACUUCAAGACUCUGGCCAAAGAUCAGGGGAUGAGUGACAAUGACAUUAUCGUCCAUCAAAACAAAGGUGAUUGUGUUCCCGGAGAGGUGGUGGAAGAAACUCAGCCAGAGCCUCCGAGGGUGAGGCGACAGGUGGUGCCGUCUUUGGUUCCUGCAGAGGAGGAGGGUUCCGGUGAUGACAGUGAGCCUUUUUUCAAUUCCACUGAGGCCUGUGCAGCAGCACCAGACAUAGGACCAUGUUUUGGGAUCUUCUCUCGCUACUACUACAACUCCUCCUCGAUGAGCUGUCAAGGCUUUACCUAUGGAGGGUGUGUGGGAAACCAGAACAACUUUGAAACUGAGAGGGACUGUCUGCAGAGAUGUCGCACUGAGGCUGUGUGCCGUCUGCCCAUGGUGCCCCAACCCUGCACAGGUCAGCCAACCAUCUGGGCCUUUAACUCCACCAUUGGUAUGUGCUUUCAGUACAAACAGGGCUUCUGCCAGGCCAACGGCAACAAGUUCUACAGCAAGGCCGAGUGUGAGGAGUACUGCGGGGUGGUUAAAGAGGAGGAGGGUCUCCUGAAGGCAAACUGAGGGAGCAGGGAAGCAGCAGCGUCACAGACGGCACACGAGCAAAGGCCUGAAGUUGUCUCAGUGCUCACAGAGUUUAUGUGAAGGUCGAUCACAAAUAAGUUCUACAAUAAAAACAAAACGAGUCAUGAA